AUGACCACCCAUACCAUCGCCCGACUCGUCCAGCCGGACAUCCAAUAUGCCCCAGACUACCAGAAGUUCCAAGCUAGGGUGGCACGCCGAACCCAGGAGCCCGGUCUUUCCAAGACCCUGCCAGAGGGCCUUCCCGCACAGUUCAAGAAUGAUAUGGUCUGGGACGGUGCGACGCUGGCUAACGAAUAUGAUUGGACAUACGUCCUGACACCGGAUGAGCUCGAUGAGCUCGACGGAGCGUUGGCUCAUUUCAAGUCGCUGGGCUUGCCGCUCGGCUACAUUAGCCAGGAGACCUUCCCGCUGCCGAAACUACAUGCUGAACUCCGCAAGCUGUCCUAUGAGCUGCACAACGGCCACGGCUUCUUCGUCAUCCGCGGUCUUAGGGUCGACGAGCACACCAGGGAAGAGAACAUAAUUAUUUAUGCAGGAUUAUCCUCGCACAUUGCCCCCCAACGCGGCCGUCAAGACCGGCAAUACGACGGCAAGCCAGCCGACGUGGUCCUCACACACAUCAAGGAUUUGACACUUACAAAAGAGAAGGGCCAGAUCGGUAGCCCUGCGUACACUGCAGAUAAGCAGGUGUUCCACACUGACGCCGGGGACAUUGUCUCACUAUUCGCCUUGUCGACGGCGGCUGAGGGUGGCAAGAGUAAGCUGGCGAGCAUCGCACGGGUUUACAACGAGAUCGCGAGCACGCGCCCGGAUCUCAUCCACACUCUCACUGAAGACUGGCAUUUCGAAGUCUUCGGGACACCUCAAAAAUGCUUCACAUCCAGACCUCUUCUUCACUACCAACCCGCGACCGAAAAAACGCCAGAGCGCCUGGCAGUCCAGUAUGCCCGUCGGUAUUUCGUAGGCUACGGCGCACUGCCUCGGAGUGACGAGAUCCCCCCGAUUUCUGAGGCACAAGCUGAAGCCCUCGACACGCUUCACUUCCUGGGCCAAAAGUUUGCGGUGAACUUGGACUUCCAAAAGGGCGACAUCCAGUACGCGAACAACAUUGGCAUCUUCCAUGCCCGGGACGGGUUCACCGAUACCCCAGAACAACAACGCCACUUGCUGAGACAAUGGCUGCGCGACCCCGAGUACGCGUGGGAGACGCCCGAGCCGUUGAAGGAGAGAUGGGCUCAGCUGUACGAAGGCAUCACGCCCGAGGCCCAGGUAUUUCCACUCGAGCCGUUCAUCCGGAGUGAAGGAAACAAGAGCAAGGGCCGGCCAUGA